GGGGGUGGGAGGGGGGGGGGGGGGGUUGUGAAGGGGGAGGGGAGGUGUUGGGAGCAUCAAUGAGCCCGUUGAUCAGAAAAGACCACCAGACUGGUAAUGACACAGUUCAGUGAUCAGACCACAGACCAACAGAACCGGGCCUCCAGCGCGCUCCGUCUUUAUUAACCCGGGACGUCGUCGUUGAUCCUCAGUCUACCUCGGACCCCGACACCUGCUGCGUCGACGCCCGCCAUGGUUUGGACCGCUGCUCUCCUCGUGGUUGUCAUCUCAUACGCCGACUCUGACGAUUACUGUUACAAUGAGCCACACUGUGAUCCUUAUGCCUGGGGCGACAUGUUCCCAUCCUGCCACCCACUACUUGAAGAGCACCACUCACCCAUCAACCUGGACCAGCACAUGGUCAGGAACAGUUCCCUGGACUCUUUACAUCUGGAGGGUUUCGAUGCGGCCCAGCCCGCGGGCCACUGGACGCUCCAGAACGACGGACACUCUGUUGUGCUCCACAUGGGCAGCGGCAUGUCGGUGAGUGGUGGAGGUCUGCCAGACGUGUACCACACCGUCCAGCUGCACUUCCACUGGGGGGCGCAGGCCACUAAUGGUUCAGAGCACACAGUGGACACGCGGCGAUAUCCUAUGGAGAUGCACAUCGUCAACGUGAAGGCCGUCUAUCCCAACCUGACGGCAGCCUUGGACGACCCCACAGGACUGGCUGUCCUCAGCUUCUUCAUUGAUGUCGUUUAUGCCGACAACGUGCACUUUGGACACAUCACACAGAAACUGUCCUCUGUGGCGCUCAAAGGUCAAACCACCAAAAUCAAGCCGUUCCCUCUGAUCAGCCUUCUGCCGAAACACAACAUGAGCCAGUAUUACAGGUAUUACGGCAGCCUCACCACUCCUCCCUGCUCCCAGGUGGUCGUGUGGACCCUGUAUGAAGUUCCCAUCCACAUAUCCUGGUCUCAGCUGGCCCAGUUCACCUCGCAGAUCUUCUCCACGGAGGAGGACGCCGAGCAGGUCACGCCCCUGCAGAACAACUUCAGGCACGUUCACGAAACCUUCAGUCGCGUCGUCUCUGCAUCCAAAGACGCCAAACUGCUGAGCGGGACGGCAGCUCGUCCCCUCGGCUCCGCAGCGACACUGAUGUUAAUCAUUACCGUGGGACGUGUCUCGUCCGCACUUUAGCGUUAUCGUCUUAUCGUCUCAAUAACAGAUACGUCACAACACGACAGGAAAAACAACAUUGACAUCGUUUCACACCUGUAGUACGACUCGACAGGUAGACUGUCCGUCAUACGAAGUGGAAAAGUGAUUGUGUAUUUUUUUUUAAUUAAAAAAGAGGAAGAUUAUUUUUGUUAUUUCUGUAGUUCGUUAAACUCUGUCAGAGCUUCACCAACACUUGAAACAGAAAGACUGGAGCAACAUCAGUACAAUCCUAACGUAUUCUCAUUAGACUGCUCUAAUUUUCAGAUGCGAAACAAAUUUAUAAAAUUUUUAAAUGUAAAUAAAAUUAAACGUCGACUAGAUUUAAUGUGUUGUGCCGUUUUUUUUUUAUCUCACUUUGGCCCAUAGUUAUUUAC